AAACAAAACAGACAAAAAACAAACAAACAAAAACAAAAAAACGAAACUCCGGAUUGAAACUAUAACCCAAGCAUGCCUCUCUGGCCCAGCCAGAGCGGUGCGCGCCCGGCGAUGGGCAUCGGCGAUGCGCUGCGCAGAGCCCCAGGCCGAAAUUAGGCCGCAAACCAUCACUAUUGCUGCGCCGGAUCCACCACCAAAAACCCCGCAAAACCGCCAGCUCCUGAACAUGGACUUCGACCGCUCCGCCGACAAGGAGCUCCGGUUCUCGCACAAGUCCACCAAGAACAUCAAGGUGCACGGCUCCUUCGAGAGCAUGCAGCUCAAGCCCGAGCUAUUGAAGGGCAUCUAUUCGUACGGAUUCGAGGCGCCGUCGGCCAUCCAGAGCAGGGCCAUCAUGCAGAUCAUCGCCGGCAGGGACACGGUCGCGCAGGCGCAGUCGGGAACAGGCAAGACCGCCACGUUCUCCAUCGGCAUGCUCCAGGUCAUCGAUGCCAAGGUGCGCAGCUGCCAGGCACUCGUGGUUUCGCCCACGCGCGAGUUGGCGGUGCAGAUCCACAGCGUGAUCAUGAACUUGGGCAGCUCCAUGAACGUGCAGACGCACGCGUGCAUCGGCGGCAAGCAGAUGGGCGAGGACACGCGCAAAUUGGCGCAGGGCCAGCACAUUGUCAGCGGCACGCCGGGCCGUGUGUUGGACGUGAUCAAGCGGCGCACGCUUGCCACGCGUGGCGUCAAGAUCCUCGUGUUGGACGAGGCCGACGAGUUGAUGACCAAGGGCUUCAAGGAGCAGAUCUACGACAUCUACCGGCAGCUCCCCGCCACGGUGCAGGUGGUGGUGGUCAGCGCCACGCUCACGCGGGAGGUGCUUGAAAUGACGGCCAAGUUCACGUCGGACCCGGUGAAGAUCUUGGUGCGCCAGGAGGACGUGUCUUUGCAGGGCAUCAAGCAGUACCAGGUGCAGUGCGAGAAGGAGGAGUGGAAGUUCGACACGCUCUGCGACCUCUACGACCUGCUCACCAUCACGCAGGCGGUGAUCUUCUGCAACACCAAGAGCAAGGUCACGUGGGUGGCCGAGCAGCUCCGCAAGGCCAACUUUGCGGUGGUGGCCAUGCACGGCGACAUGAAGCAGGACGAGCGCGACGCCAUCAUGGGCGAUUUCCGCUCCGGCAGCUCGCGCGUGUUGAUUCUGACCGACGUGUGGGCCCGCGGCAUCGACGUGCAGCAGGUGUCGCUCGUCAUCAACUACGACUUGCCGGUGGACCGUGAGAACUACAUCCACCGCAUCGGGCGCUCGGGGCGUUUUGGCCGCAAGGGCGUGGCCAUCAAUUUGUUGACACGCGACGACGUGGCGGAGCUCCGGGGCUUGGAGAAGCACUACAAGAUCCGCAUCCGCGAAAUGCCGCUGGACCUCUCCAGCUUGUGAGCGGCCAGCGGCGCGUGUCCUGCCUGGUCUGGCGAUGCUUGCGGGAAAAGCGGGAGCAAAGAGACCAGACAGGCCCUGUGUUGCUGGUGGGGCGCCGUGGCCUUGGCCGGGGGAAAACUGGCCAGAGAGCCAGUCGCGGGAUCUUGAAGUAUCAGCUGGCUUGGUGGGAACAGCAACAAGACAGGAAGCAUUUACUCGAUGGCGGAGCCAUGGUCUUGGAGUGAUUGCUCCUGGAGUACUUGCUCAGUCAGAGGGAGAGACAUCCCGAAGAACCGCACGAAAGCCGGAUUCAGACUGGCGAUUCUGAGACACGAAGGACGCGUUGACUGUGCAGCAGGCUUGAGCCCUGAGCCUCGGUCUCAUCGACAGAUCAAGAG